AUGCACAAUUUGUUAGAUAGUAUUAAUUUUGUCGUGGUGGUGGCUGUGCAGAGUCUUGUCUGUUCAACUCUCAAACACCCACAAUAUCCAUUGGAUUAUUCAUUCCCAUCGCAUGAACAGGACUGGGUAGUUUCAAAGCGCGGUAAAAAGUCCAAUGCGACGAUUUCAAAUGGAAUGGUUGCCGUUGGUUGUGAGAUGGUUCUAUGUGAAGAUGGCUCUGAAGCUCUAGUUAAAGUGUGUGUUGUUGAUGAAAGUUUACAGGUCAAGCUAGAUGAACUAGUAAACCCUCGUAAAAAAGUUGCUGAUUACAGAACUGAGAUUACAGGAUCUGUAUUGGGUUAUGAAGUCCGGAAGCCAGGUUCUCCACACAAUUGUCUAGAUGAUGCUUGUGCUGCAAUGAAACUUGUUCUUGCUAAGAUAAAGCGUGAAAUUGGCGAUAUUAUCCCCCCAGUUCAGGAGGAUGUACGUGAAGUUAAUAUGGCAAAGCUACUUCUCCACAGGAUACCAAUCACAGUGCCUAGUGAAGAAUUGCACAAUGCCAUUCCUGGGAACUAUACAGUAGAAGUCAAGAUUACAUUGGUUCAGUGUGCUUUGGAAGGUAAUAACAAAUGA